AUGGCAACAUGGACAGCAAAACAGAACAAGAAAUUCGAGGAGGCUUUGGCUUUAUAUGACAAAGACACUUCUGAUCGCUGGAAUAAUAUUGCAAGGUGUGUAGGUGGAAAAUCAGCAGAGGAAGUGAGAAGGCAUUAUGAACUGCUUGUAAAGGAUAUCAUGCAGAUAGAAAAUGAUCAAGUACCUUUGCCCAAUUACACUACUGCUGGAAGCGAUGGCAGAAGUUAUGCUAAUGAACAAAGGCUUAUGAAGAAUCUAAAGUUAUAGUGAGAAGAAGAUUGCAGUGAUGCUCAAUACCGUCAGAGGAUCAUGCAUGUAUAUUUUGUUUACAUCUUCCCCUUCAGCUGUCCUAGCCUAGUAUCUUGUAUUACAA